CACGGGUCCUCUGGCCACUACUUAAGGCCUGUGGGGUAAAGCCAGCCCCUCUAGCCCGUAAUCUUCUCUCUUCUCUCCUCUUGAUCAGUCAUCUCUGUCCGGACAGAACCAUAGCAUGACUACCUACACAGAUAAAGGGGAGAAGCCCGAGAAGGGAAAAUUCGUAAAGUUCCACCACGUGACCUUUUGGGUGGGCAAUGCCAAACAGGCGGCUGUGUUCUACUGUGACAAGAUGGGCUUUGAGCCAGUGGCCUACAAGGGUCUGGAGACCGGCAGCCGAGAGGUGGUGUCCCAUGUCAUUAAACAGGAUAAGAUAUUAUUUGUCUUCGAAUCUGCUCUGAAUCCAGGAAAUGAAGAAAUGGGGGAACACUUGAUGAAGCACGGGGAUGGGGUCAAAGACAUUGCUUUCCAAGUGGAGGACCUUGAAUUCUUAAUCAAGAAAGCUAAAGAACGAGGAGCGGUGGUGGUCAAGGAGCCUUGGAUUGAGCAAGAUAGCUACGGCAAAGUCAAGUGUGCUGUCGUUCAGACGUAUGGUGAUACAACACACACUCUCAUUGAGUACCUGAGUCCCUACAAAGGCCUGUUUCUGCCCGGAUACAACGCACCUGUGGUAAAGGACUGCCUGCUACCCAAACUGCCGCCAGGACUCCUGAACUUCAUCGAUCACAUUGUGGGAAACCAACCAGACGAUGCAAUGGUGCCCGUGUCAGACUGGUAUCAGAACUGCUUGCUGUUUCACCGGUUCUGGUCGAUAGAUGACAAACAGAUCCACACACAAUACAGCGCCCUGAGGUCCAUCGUAGUGACCAACUAUGAGGAGACCAUCAAGAUGCCAAUCAACGAACCUGCUCCUGGCGUGAAGAAGUCGCAAAUCCAGGAGUAUUGUGACUACAAUGGAGGGCCUGGUGUCCAGCACAUCGCCCUGAACACAUCCGACAUCAUUCAAGCUAUCGUGAACCUCCGAGCCCGGGGGAUGGACUUCCUGGCAGCCCCUGAUGCUUACUAUGAGAGCCUGAGGGAGAACCUCAAGACAUCCAAGAUCAAGGUGAAGGAGGACCUCAAGAGGCUACAGGAACUGAAAAUCUUAGUUGACUUCGAUGACAAGGGCUACCUGCUCCAAAUCUUCACCAAACCCGUGCAGGACCGACCAACCCUUUUUUUGGAAGUCAUUCAGCGUCACAACCACUUUGGCUUCGGGGCAGGAAACUUCAAGUCUCUGUUCGAGGCCAUUGAGAAGGACCAGGAUGCUAGGGGCAACCUGACCGUUUACAACUAAUAUCACACCACCAUUGUACGGCCACACCAACAAAGCCAAGUUCAAUACGUUGUACUGAAUGUCCGAUGUUGUAGGGCUCUGCUUAAAGAGAUUUAGAACAGAGAUGUAGCACCUAUUUUGAUAAAUGUAUGGGACAAGUUGUUGAAAGCAAUCUGUGAAAUGUCUCUAUUCUACGAUCAAUGCGAUUAAAUGCCUCAGCUUUCCACCUUU